AUGUCGGAAUACAUUGGCAGCCGCAUUUCCCUCAUCUCCAAGUCAGAUAUCAAAUACAUCGGCACCCUGCACGAGAUCAACAGCGACACCCACACCGUUGCCCUCGAAAGCGUCACUUCAUAUGGCACCGAAGGCAGGAAAGGCAAUCCCGCCGAAGAGAUCCCGGGCUCGGAUCAGGUCUACGAAUACAUCGUCUUUCGCGGGAGCGAUGUGAAAGAGCUCACAAUCGUCGCACCUCCGUCGGCGAAAGAGAACCAGGCGCCGCCGAAAAUGCCCGAUGACCCUGCCAUUCUUGCGUCCGCGCGACCGGGUUCUCAAUCACAACAGCCACCACCUCCCCCUCAGUUUGGCGGACAACAACACCCUUACCCUCAGCAACCUCCUCCCUUUGGCUAUCCGGGGCCUCCACCGCCAAACUCCUUUCCCAAUCCACCUCGAUUCCAGGGCCCAGGCGGGGCUCAUGGCUUUCCAGGAACUCCUGGCGCGGUUCCGGGCUAUGGCAUGGGCCAUGGUCCCCCACCGGGUGGUCCCCCACCGGGCUACUACGGCCCACCUCCCGGCCAAGGCUUCCAGCGACCGCCUCAGCAGUUCCCACCAAACCAACCGAUGCCUCCUGGUCCUCACGGGCAGCCAAUGAAUCAGCAACCCUCGGCACAGCAACAACCUCUUGCCAGCAGCAAGUCUGGUACACCGCAGCCGACCGGAAGUAAUGGCCCAACACCAGCCCCUCCCCCAGCCUCGCAACCCGCUCCAAAGGCUGCUCCUCCACUUCCAAACGACACGAAACCAGCCGCUCCUGCCGCUUCAACCCCUCCUACCUCCACGCAGCCAUCAGCACAGUCGAAGGCGACAUCAAAGCCAAUCAACCGCGUUGCCCUCCCCCUUCCGGCCGGCAAGCCCGCUCAGAAACCGCCUCAGUCAACUCCGACCACCGCCCCCGCGAGCCAGCCACAGUCCAUUGCCGAUGCAACGCAAGCCGCCACUGCAGCCGUUGCGGCAGCCAUGGCGAAGCUCGGAUCAGCCAAUCAAGCCUCAGGUCCACCUUCCGGAGGAGCGAUGGACAACCUGACGCAAAAGGUCAACCAGAUGAGGGUGCAGGAGCAGCAACGUGGACGUGGGCGCGGGCGGGGUGGUGCCCCACGUGGUGGGCGUCGAGAGAGCGGGCCGACCACCAUCGACGUCCCCAAGGAAGACUACGAUUUCGAGGGCGCGAAUGCCAAGUUCAACAAGCAGGAUUUGGUGAAGGAUGCCAUUGUUCCUGGUAGUCCAAUUUCCACUCCUCCCAAUGGGGAGGUCGGACACGCAGAUGCGAAUGGGCUGGCCGGCGACAAGGAGGAGGACAUCGUCAUUCCCACCAAGCCAAGCACGGAGAAGGGCUACGACAAACAAUCCAGCUUCUUCGACAACAUCAGCAGUGAUCUCAAAGACCGCCGUGAGCAGAUGGAGAAGGAUACAUCGAUUGAUGGACGAGCGAUGCGGCGCGAGGAGCGGAGCAAGAACAUGGAAACGUUCGGACAAGGCUCUGUGGAUCAAGGAGGGUAUCGCGGCGGCUUCCGCGGUCGUGGCCGUGGUGGACGUGGCUUCAGCAACAACUACCGCGGUGGAGGGUAUCGAGGUGGUCGCGGUGGCUACGAGACAAGGGGCGGCCAAGGAUUCAGGGGCAGAGGUGGAAGAGACGCAUCCGAAACGACCUUCGCAUAG